AUGUCCGACCUCGGCUUUGAACCUCGCGAGGAUAUGCUCUGGACCAGGCUAGAAGCGGCUGCCUCUCAGCUCGCCAUACAACAUCAAGACAAUGAAUCCAUGAUUGAGCAGAUUGCCGAGGCCAAGGAGCUCGUGGAGGACUACAUUGGCGCCUAUGAGCGAGGGCGGCCUUUUUGGAGCCGAGAUGUGAUGGCUAGCCUUGACCGACAGAUUGAUGCCUUGGUGCAGGCCGUCGACGCUGGAGACAAAGACGCCGUCGUCACAAUCGAGGACGUGGUCGGGCGCGAGAGGAGCUGGUCUCUGACCUGUCCAGGUCCUCCCAACAAAGAUCGUGAGACAUACCAUAUCCGCUACUGUGUGCAUCAGCACAUGACACACAUGUCCCCCAAGUUUCCGGAGUCCAUGAUGGACAUUGAGACACCCAUCGGCAUCGUCUACGGGACCAAGCCCAAGCCCUCCGGGUGGUCGCUGGCCGAGCUCGAGGCCGCUUUCCGCGUGCAUCAAGCAGCAUGGCAGCAUAGCACCGCCUGUGGCGCUCUGAUAAGCAUUCUCGGUACAUCAAGCACCUCGGCCAUUCGUAAGAUUGUCUGCUUUGGCCUCGGCCGCCUCGACGACUGGGCCAAGACAACACACGAGAAGCUCGCAACCUCGGUUCAGCGCGCCGCCACCCAGCACGCCGCCGCCCUCACCAUGGUUGAGACAUUGACAGCCAAACAGGACAAGGACGGAAAUACGGGGGGCCAUGGUACAUUACUACACGCAGGACCCCGCAUACGCCGACACGGAAAAGGCGCUGCUGGCGAAGCUAGGCUUCACUGUGCUCGAGGACCCCAAGGGCUUUCUCGAGGUGGACGAGCACACGCUCGUGUUUAG